UUGACCUUAGCCCAUGGACGUACCCCUGUUCCCGACGCCGCCGGCGCGCGGGGGAGUCGCGACGCCCCUCAGUGAUGGGCCGGACGUCGCGACGUUACCACGCGCUCCGGUAAGCGCUGUAUCGCACGCUCGCGUACGAAAUGCCGUGCUCGAACGAGAAACGGCAUACAAACUGUCCCCCUGUGUCAAGAAGCGGCAUCGGGCCCGCAGAAACUCGAUCCACCCGCGCGUCGCGUUUGUCAAGGAUGCUGCCCGCCGUCGCAUCACCGAGUUUCGCGUGAGAAUGACGGAACGUCAUCGCACAAAACACGAUGAGAGGGACGACGACAACGACGACGACGACGUCGUUUGUGGUAUCCGUAUGCCGACCACAAUAUCCGAAGAGCUCUCGCCUCGCUUGAAAAAUGGCAUAGUACGAACUAAAUGGACCAAGUCCGUGGCCGUUCAGACUGUAGUGGGUUUACCACUGCGAUUAAGAGUUUUACCGUCUCUCAGAGACAUCGAAGAAGAUAACGGGAAUACAUCAAAUACGCGGUCCUCGAGAUUUCUGAAAUAUUUGAGAUUCUUGGGGCGAUUGGCGUUCUCGCAAUUUGGUCUUCUGUGGUUCCUUGUGAUUUGGACAGUGACAGGCGCGGCGAUGUUUUGUAUUACGGAAGGACCUCGCGAACGUGAACAAGUUGUAUUGCUGAAGAACAUGCAGAGAGACCUGGCAGUCGGCCUGGCAACGGAGCUACGGCAAUUGCGCACGGAACAGGAUCAAGACGUGGAACCGUUGUGGAGCGACAAAGUCCGUCAAUACGUGGCCAAACACGAGAAACUUCUCUUGGUUGCCGUCGCUUCCGGCUACGGCGAAAGUGGCAAUAGCGGCCAAUUGUGGACAUUUCCCGGUUGUGUGCUGUUUGCUAUCUCACUAAUUACCACUUUGGGUUUCGGAGCACCAGUUCCGCGUACCACCGCCGGCCGCACGGUUGGGGUCAUCUUCGCCGCAAUCGGAAUUCCUGCACAUUUUCUCCUUAUUUUGAAUUUCGGCCUGAUGACGGCCCUCCGUUUGCAAAGGUAUGCGAACGCUAGACGAAACCUACGACUCGAUAACGUGGAUCCGAACUGUUCCAUGCCGAUGCCGAGAUGGGUCAAGAUAGUGCCAUUUGUUUUUUCAGUCGCUUACUACAUUUUGGGGAUACUAUGCUUCGGUAUAGCACGAUCGAGACCGAUCGCAGCGAGCGUGCUAUUUCCAUUGGACUUCACUGCAGCGGGUGGUCUCUCGACUAUCGUCGAUCACGUGCGCAUACUGUACGGUCUGUAUUUGGAAGGUGCUGUUACCAUCGCAGCAAUUGUGGUGGCCGUAUUACAAGUAUCAGCGACGCAGAGCCUCACCAAUAUCGGAUUGAAGUACGGCUUACUCAUCGAGGCAUGAAGUUAACUCGUCAUCGAUGCGGUGAAAUAUUUUUACCGUCUUAUAGAUGUGUAAUUCUAAAUUAUCCGGACUUGAAAAGCUCCAUCGAGGGAUUUUAUUCCCUUUGACUUACGUUUCCUUGCUUCUCCCAUUCUCAAUGAGGUCUUUACGUCCACAUUUUGUUAUGGUAUUUACGAACUACCAUGAAAGACAGGGACUAUCGUUAAGAAAUAUCAUGCAUUAUAAAGACAACAAGUAUUUUUUAGAAGCAUUAUAUAAUUAGCAUUAAAAAAAUCAAGGCUGUAAAGGGUUAAGUCGCAAACCAUUAUUGUUAUUUUCCAUUAAGUAUUACCUUAUAUAUUUUAACAGCUGUAAUUUCGUUGGAAAUAACGAGUAAAUUCAACCAAUGUUUAUACAUCUAUUCUGAAUUAACGCGGGUAUAAUAAAAAGUAUAGAGAUUGUA